CAAAUACAAGGACCUGACACAACUAUUAAUAUGUCACUUUUGUAAUUUAUUACUUCAAAAGUAAAGAAUUCGUCAAUAAUGGAAUUUUAGGACGUCUCCAAAUUUUAACUAGAGUUUUGGACAAUCAUGUAUGUUCAUCACUACUGGGUAAAUGUUGUACUAGUAUUGGCGACUCUAAUAAAAUCCAAUGAAGCGAUCAGUCUAUCAACUAUGCACGGUUCGUGCGGAUCCAGGCCGUUUGGACCUGCAUCAGUGGGAACGGAAUUUGUUGGUCCAACACACGGUCAUGUAGUAACGUUCCAUUCUGAUCAAGGCGGAUAUGAUUUUGUACCUGCGCAUACAGGGAUAUAUGACACCGACAUUGAUUGCUGGUUAAUACUUAAAGGGCAACCCAAUACUGCGGACCAGCCGGCGAAGAAAAUAUCAUUAUCGUGGAGGGGAAAUUUCCACAUGAUUGGAUAUGGUGGUGAUAACUAUGUGGAUACAGCAUGUGAUAGAGCCUUGGUUGAAGUGUAUGAUGCUGAGGAUGAUGGGAUGACACUAACGAAUAGACUUGCACAUGGUUGUGGAUCUACACCACCGGCAGUUUCUAUCAGCAAUGCUGAAACUUUUGUGGUGCAUCUUUACGUUGCGGCUAAACCACCUGAUAUUAACUACACUGAGAUCAUCCCCUUUCCUCAAAAUAAUGCCACGUGUAAUAACGCUACAGAAGUGUCGGUAUGUGCUCUGAACGCCACAUCUUGUGAGGUUGACUGUACCUGCCAAUUCAUCAACAACACACAGACAAAUUUGAACAUGACAACCCUUUCACCAAAUGCGACAAAUGCAAAUACAACAAAUACAACAGUUGCUACCACAACCGUUGCCGUAACAACUGCUGCCACAACUGUAGUUACCACAGCAAACAUGACGUACAAUGCGACAACUAUAGCAACGACUAUGGCGUCAAAUAUAACCAACAUGACAACGUUGGCACCUUGUGUGGAGCAAUUAAACAUCACUAAUGUUACAGUGCUACAACCACGGAUAAGAUUCACUUUAGAUUUUACAUCUUAUUUUGAAGGUGAUUGCUCUAUUGAUAAUAUCGACGAUGGGCUUCAGAUGCAAUGUGACUCUGGACGUUGUAUUGACGACACCUUAAGAUGUGAUGUUUACUAUUCACCAAAUUGUGGGACAUCAGAUAACAGUGACAUCAGAGCGUCAGAACCAGGCAAUUGUAGACCCACACGACCGCCUGACUUAUUCCCAUUGUACCUCGUACUUGGGUUGCUAGCCGCUCUAGCCAUGUUGUACUGGUGUUGCUGGAGACCUGGCUAUUGCCCAUGGAGGCUUGCUCGAUUACGCAACGUAAAAUGCUGCAAGAGACCGUGUUGCCAUCCGUGUCGUAACAGCCCAGCAUGUCGCAAAACAGGUUGCUGUGGUAGUCCUGCAACUGGAGCAUGCGCUGCAUGUUCUCCAACAUGUUGCACUGGCGCCCCGGGACCUGGUGGAGGAGGGGGUUGUCUUGGCCCGUGUAGUAGGCUGCCAUGUUGUUCUGGAGGCCCAGGGCCAGGAAGUGGAGGUCCAGGUAGCGGUCCUAAGAAAGGACCAUGUGGUUGCUGUGUACCCCUCAAUGGGAGUCUAGCAAGUGGUAAUGGUGCAGGAUGGGGUCCCAACAAAGCCAAAGCUGGUGGUAAAGGCGGACUAGGACCUAACGGUUGGACUAACUUUAGUAAUGAUGAUGGAGCUCAUGUUAGAGAAACACGAUAAGCGUUGUACCACAUGUAUCAAAGUAUUGCUUCUGGGACAGAACUACAUGCCAUGGAUAUCAGGCCCGUUGCCCAAAAAUUUCCAAGGGGGUUCACA